CAGUCUUGCGCCGGUACGUCAUCUGAAAGCAAUUUGUUCUGUGCUCAGUACGCGCCCUGGGCUGGUUAUUAAAAGUGUCACGAAUAUCCGAGUCUACUAGCCACAGCGAGGCCUGCCACUGACGGCAAAAGCUAGAAUGGAAUCACCCAGUUCUCAGGUGGUCAAGGCCCUUACCAUACUGUCGAGAGACGCCGAGAGCGGUCCCCUUUCAUAUGGAAAAACCCUCGGUAACAACGGUUCGCUGUCGCAGAAAGACAUCUCCGGCCUCAGAAAAAAUACCUCCUCACUCAACGACGACCUCGCAGUUCUGGAUUGGCUUUCAUCAGUCGUACCGCGUCGACGAGAGGAAAUACGGGCGUCCAUCAUAUUUCAGACCGCACUCCUCACACAUUUACCUCCAACCAGCCCCGAAGAACACUACUUUUUCCACUGCCAACCAUACAACGACACACUUUUAUCUUCCCUUCCCGUCGAGAUCCUCACCGCCAUUUUCCAAUUUGCCGUGGACGGCUCAGAGUAUGACGACUUGGACGUCAAGCACAGUUCAAACUGGGUGAUCAGCCAUGUUUGUCGUGUUUGGCGGUCGGUAGCUGUAUCAACACCGAACCUCUGGACAUCCGUCUCCAUUGAAGAUGAUCUUCUCAUAGAUGAUCCUUUUACCGACGAUAAAGCGAUGCAUCUUAAGGAGUACCUCUCGCGCUCCAAUCAGAAACCACUCCGCAUCACACUGUCGUCCUCGUACGAUAUCCAAAAACAUCUCGAGAUACUCUCGCCCCAUUUCACUCGCUGCACCAACCUUGAUCUCACAAUCACUGAUGAAACUCUAGACUUACUUUUCGCCAUUUCCAGCGGAUUUUCGAGUCUCAGAAGACUAACCGUCGUUGUCGAGGGGCGUUAUGUUUUCAACGAUAUCCAACCUGGGCUUUCCCCGAGUUUGAGUGGGCUACCGUUCAUCAGUAGCUUUGGUAAAGCACCGUGUCUGAGAGACGUGCUACUUCAGGGCGUAGGCAUCUCGUAUCUUGAGCUCCCUCUGACCAAGUUAGAGUCCUUUACCGGGGAUAUAUAUCGAUAUUCCGAGUAUAAGCUACUCUUCUCAUCCGCACCACAGCUUAUCACGGCGACGUUAAACGUGUUAUGUGCCGCCGCCACUUUCAUCAUUCUUCCUGAGCCACUCAUACAUGUCAAACUUCACACCCUUUCACUUUAUACCGACAUCGAGUGUCUGCGAGGCCUUCGUCUUCCAUCGCUGGAGGUCUUUCGUAUCCAGCAAAUCUACUCGGGUGGACACCAUUGUUAUAUCGCCGAGCUCAUUCGAGAAUCGGGCUGCCCUCUUCGUAGCCUAUAUCUAGAAGUUCCGGCGCUCCCGUGGUCAGAGCUCCAGCCCAUCAUCGAAGAGUGCUCGAGCACUCUCACAUCGCUAUCCAUUCGGGUUAACAAUAGUUCAGCAUCGCAGGUGCACGACGCGCUCGCAUUCAACGGUGCUUCCUAUCUCGCACCUUGCUUGAAAGAAUUAUGCAUUCGCGACGAUGAUUACUCCUUGAACAAAGGAUUUGAAGCUUCUUUCCAUAAAAUCACCUUCUUUAGUAUGGUGUUCUGGCGGUGGUACUCUAAAAGGGUCACACAGCUGAAAUCGUUGACAAUGUGUGCGCCUUAUUCACCCAGGCCGGAUGAAGCUCUGAGGAAGCUGCAGGAGCUAGAAGAAGAUAGUCUAAAUGUCGAAUUUCAUGGUUAUGCUUGGACGAAGAUGAUAUGAAUAAAUGCGAUAUAUCGUGUAUAAUACGUAGCUCUCUUGCCAUAAGUGACUGAGUAAAUAUUGCGUUGCUACUACUGUAUAAUUUCGACCUUAAGUUCACAUAACGUGUCACAGAGGCUUGUGAAAUGAAG